UACAACAGUCACUCCGUCCGCGUCGCACUGCUCGCACACAACAUAAUAUUAUAUUAUUAUUCACAGCUCGCUUGCUCAUCGUCUACACUUCUACAACAGUUCUACACCAUCAGUCGGUCGACGUGCGGUCGACGCGGAAAACCGGAAAGGAUUACUUUUAAAUAUUUUCAAUUCACAAUAAGAAUUCAAUCUGUUGACUAUAUGAUAUAUGUAGUAUGACUAUAAAAUUGAAAGUGUUCGUUUUGUUUACGAUUGGUGCAGUACAAGUCUCUAAUUCGGCAAUUAUGACCCAAAAACCCAAGCUAUCAAGUUUGUUGUUAUUUGAUUUUCAAAACGCGACCGAUUUAAAUAACUGGACAGAACAAUCUGACACUGUGAGAUCAGCAGGAAGGUCAAAAGCAACAUUUGAUUUAUAUAAAACUCAAACGAAACAGUCUGCAAUCUUAUUCACAUUGCUGAAUCCAUUACCAAACGGUGCAUGUUUCAGUGGCSUUCGUACAUCGACACAAUUAAACCUUGAUGGAUAUGAAUAUAUAUCAUUUGUGUGCAAAACCUCAGGAAAUGCUACUAUAUAUAAAAUUAUUUUAAGGCACAAUAAUUUAAAUGAUGAGCCAAAUCCAACUUUCGAGCAAAAGUUUAAGGUUAACACCGAUUCGGAAACCAUAGUAAAACUUCCGAUUUCACAAUUUAACCCAUAUUAUAGAGGUAAAAUAAUAACGGAUGGACCAACAAUAAAUGUGAAAAAUAUUACUAAUUUUGGUAUUCAAGUGGCUGGAGGCGUUUAUGAACAUUUUAAACAAUCAUAAUUAUCGUCAUUUGUGGUGGAUCAAAUUUGGGCAGAGUCCUAAGGAGAUGCAAACUGAAUCAUUUUUUCAAAAAGAAUCAUUUUAUGUCAUAAAUCAUAAUUAUACUAUACACAUUUCUGUGUUAUUAUUACUUAUUAGACAUUAUCUAAAUCAUUGUCUAUAAGUGCGAUUAAGUACAGCAUAUUGUAUAUCUAGGUAUGCUACUUAUACUUAAGUUUAAGCCAACUACCUAAUUAAAAUAAUUAAAUCUAUGUUAAUCAUUUCCAACUAAAUUUCUUACAAUCAAAUAGUGUGAUGUAACUAAUAACCUGUUCGUAAUAUAUAAUAUUGUAUUGUUAUUUA